GACACUGUAAAAGGUCAGGCAAUACUAGGUAUGGAAUGAACCUAGGUACCUGGAGUUGGGGCCAGACCUAGAGUUAUUCACAGUAGGGUUCUAUUGAAGUGCUCUCCCUGUCUUGGAGAUAAUGGUGUACCAAAUUCUGGUGGUAAUUGGCAUUUUUAAGCCAUCGUGCAAGGUUCUACAUAUUGUUGCAGCUUCCAUAUGUUGCUCCAAGGUACCAGAGGGGUGGUGAGCCUCUGUCCUCACAUAGGACACACAGUUUGGCUUUGGAGUCUUUGCAUAGUCUCCAACCCUUACAGGUCAUGCUCCUGUUCCAGGUGGAACUCCUCUGCUCCCCAACAACUGGUCUUCCCACCUUUGUUCUAGCCUGACUGCUGUGUCUACAAUGCCUGCCCUGUCCUUUAUAGCUUUCAAAUCCUUUAACCUUGUCGAAAACAUUGUCCAUCUUACUAGGUCCCUUCCUUUGUAUCUGGGCUGAGCCUGAAGCGCAGACAUUUUAUUCACUAACCUACAGGAAAAAGGACAGACACACUGAAGUCUGCCUGGAUCACUCUUGAUGCCCUAUAGAUUCUGCCAGUGCAUGCCAUUGGCCCUUCUAGGUCACAGGGUCUGUUUUCUGUACAAAACGAUGAACCCUUGCCAGGAAGGGCCUGGUAGAUACCGACCAGAUUUAGAUCCCUGCUCAGUAACUCAAGCAUUUGAUGGUAUGGGUGUUACUUCUACUCCCUAAUCUGUCUCAACAGUCCUCUCUGGGACUAUGGUAAUCUUGCCCUAAGAUCUUCAGCACCACUUGCGUUUUGGUGACUUCAGGGAAAUGAAACACCCCUCCCAAUGGAUAGCCAGGCACGAGUGGUUUAUUCAGAAAGGAUGAGGUAAGCCUCCCUGGGAUGUCUGCAGCAUGUGUUAUUUCUUCUAGCCACCAGAGUGGAGCAUCCUUCCUCACCAGAGCAAGUCUUGUGCUCCCCCAUUGACUGGGGGAUGUAGGAGCACAAGAUCUGAGCUCCUCCUCUGCCUUACAUUGUGGUUGGUGUUUUCAACUUUUCCAAAAAGCAUUCUGAAGGAGUUUCUUGAAGAAGGAGCCUAAUAUUGUGUUGAUGAGAGAAGCCAGGGUGAGUAUAUGGCCGUGGAGUAGACAGGUUCUAUGGAGGUACACCUGGCCUUCCUUCAUGUGAGGUGAUAUACCUCAUCCAAGUCUGGAAGACCCACUUGGGUAGCCCAGGGAAGGCUUAUGGGCAGAGGUAGGCCCAGCACUGGAGAAUCACAGACCUUCCUGGAAUCCACACAUAUCCUUGGCCCUGAAGCCUGAGGCUCCUCUCCCUAAGUGUCUGUCUCCAUGUUGUGGUCCUGGAGGUAAUGCCUGCUUCACUUCAAGCUGGGGCGUGAAAAUCUGGGGGAUGACUGAAGAGGGGAGGGAUGUCCACAAAGGCAGUGAGUCAAAGGUUAAGAGUCUGGACUCCUCAAUGAUAUGUGAUGGCAAUGUCCAGCAUUGCAGCCCAGGCACCUAGAUAGGCUUUUAUCCCAGGAAUUGCUGGAACAGGCCAGUUGUAAGUAAGAUAGGUCAUAACUCCUCUUAUUACCCACCACUGAGAUAGGCCACACCUCACUCACCUCCCAGAGCAGUCCAAGCUCCUUAGUGCACCAAGACUACCUAGACUGGGCCCUACUACCUCUUGAUUAAAGCUGCACUUGGCCACUGCCACAUACAUGUGCAUACAUAUUGCAUUAUUCCAGGCCUUUGCCAAGUCUUCAACCCCUAAAUUCUUCCCUCUAGUACAGGCUCAGUUCGCAACCCAUUGUUUUUAAGUUACCUGGCAUCCCACCAUAGAGUCUACCUUCUGCUCUGGCCUCUAUUCAUAUAGGCUGAGCUUAGCUGUCAUCACCCUUGUUGAGCCUGGUUUCCUACGACCUGAACUGUUUUCAUAAAUACAAGUUUCAGGUUAGCCCCAGUCUCAUUAUUUAGAGGGGAAACAGAGCCUAAGUAGGUCUCACCAGCUCACAGCAGGCCAGUCUUAGCCCAAUUUCUUCUGCCUGGCCUCUAAGGGACACUUGCUAAAGCUGACCUGCCCCCUUUCCCUUCAGGUGCUACUGAGGGCCUAGUUCUCAGCCUUCUGCCUUCUCAUCCUGUGACAACUGAGGGUCCUAGCAGGCCAUGCAGCUGUGCCAAGUGCUAUGCUCCUGGUUCCAGCCAUGGUGAAGGUCGAUGUCUGUGUCCUUCUGGCCUGCAUGGCUAGGUCAGGCCUAGUUCUAACUAGCCUGGCUUCCUAACGCCCACACAACCCGAGACCCAGGGUGUUUGGUGAGUGGAACAAGAGAAGCAAAGAGGUGAUGAUGAGGCCCAAUCUCAGUAAAACUUGUUUGGCCUCUGAGAGGGAGUGACCUCUCAGCAAGGACCCCACCACACCAGCCGUCAUAAAGACAGCACUGGGAACCCCAUCUCCCUUGUGACCCUGCACCUUGGGUCUCAGCACACUGCCCGUCUGGGGCCUCCUUGGACUCUGGCCUAUAUGAACCAGGUGAGGCUGAGGUGGGGAUUGCUUUGGUCCCCCAUGCAGAAGCCUUUCAGGCACAGCGGAAGCAAGUCUCUUCUGAGGCCUCUAGGGCCAGCAGGGUGGGAGGAGGACUGGGAGCCACAGUGGAUUUGGGCACAGCCUCUCACUGCAAUAUUGAUGGCCCGUCAGUGCAGCCCUGAUUCCUGUGCUUUCAGUUAAAAGGUUUCUGUUGUUGUAGCUUAUGCAGUUGCUCUGUUGCUAUGGAAACAUGACAUCAAAAUGACGUUUCCCGUUUAAAAGCUUUUAACUAAAUUCCUGCCUGUCAGAUGUAGGCCCCAUUUUGAGCGUGGAGCUGCCUCGAGCAAGCGAGUGAACGCGCGCACUGCCUCUCGCCCAUGGUGCGUUGGCCAGGCCUGAGGCCCUGCCUGACUGCCAUCCUUAACCCUGCAGGUGCCUCCAGCAUGGCAGCAGCCGAAGUACCCGGCUACCUUGUGUCUCCUCAGACGGAGAAGCAUCGGCGGGCCCGCAACUGGACAGAUGCGGAGAUGCGUGGCCUCAUGCUGGUCUGGGAGGAGUUCUUCGAUGAGCUCAAGCAGACCAAGCGCAAUGCCAAGGUGUACGAGAAGAUGGCCAGCAAGCUCUUCGAAAUGACUGGGGAGCGCCGACUAGGCGAGGAGAUCAAGAUCAAAAUCACCAACAUGACCUUCCAGUACAGGAAAUUAAAAUGCAUGACAGAUAGCGAGUCCGUCCCGCCGGACUGGCCCUAUUACCUAGCCAUUGAUAGGAUUCUGGCCAAGGUCCCUGAGUCCUGUGAGGGCAAACUGCCGGAUGGCCAGCAGCCGGGCCCCUCCACGUCCCAGACCGAGGCGUCCCUGUCGCCGUCUGCUAAGUCCACCCCUCUGUACUUACCGUAUACCCAGUGCUCCUAUGAAGGCCGCUUCGAGGACGAUCGCUCCGACAGCUCCUCCAGCUUAAUGUCCCUUAAGUUCAGGUCAGAGGAACGUCCUGUGAAGAAGCGCAAGGUCCGGAGCUGUCACCUACAGAAAAAGAAGCUGCGGCUGCUGGAGGCCAUGCUGGAGGAACAGCGCCGGCUGAGCCGUGCCAUGGAGGAGACGUGCCGAGAGGUGCGCCGUGUGCUGGACCAGCAGAACAUCCUGCAGGUUCAGAGUCUGCAGCUUCAGGAGCGCAUGAUGAGCUUGCUGGAGAAGAUCAUCGCCAAGUCCAACGUCUAGGCCAUGGAGAGGAUGCCAGGUGCCACAUAGUCCUGUCUGGAGGCCCACCCAGGCUCAGGGCCUGCCAUCCAGCAGGAUUCCGGAAAGGGGACAGGCUUCAGUCUGGCCUCUGUGCUUCUCUGAAGGGCUUUCUAGGACCCCAGUGGCCCUAUGAAACCUUGGAGCCCUAGCUCCAGCAUUAAUGCCCAGGACCCCAGGGCAGCUGCUAGUGAGAAGAUCCCAGAAUAUACUCUCCAGUAUAGUCACUACCAUGAUACUUGAAACAGCUUUUGAUAUUAAACAUACUUUCCAUUGUUGCCUGGAA